AUGACGCAGGGAGCUGGAGAAGAGUUGAGUAAUGUGGAAGCAGUUGCACGUUUGGUUUCCGAAGAGGGGCUGGAGAUGGAGAAGACGUUGAUGGCCCUUAAUACGGACAACGGGAACAAGUUUAGCUUUUUGUGGAGAUCAGACCCUCGUCACGCAUUCUACAAGCAAAAGCUUAGCGAAUACCACGACCAACAUGACCGUGAGGCUGCUAAGAAUAUAUAUGAAGGUCAUCAAGAACCCGAAGCUCGUGUAGCUAAUAAUUAUGAAGAUUAUGUUUAUCCACCGGCUCGCACCGGUAAACGUUCAUUUAGAUAUCCUAGUUCGAUCACACUCAAGGAGCUUGGUAUCGUUAAGCUCACAGCGCUGUUUGUGGCUCGCUAUGACUUGUAUUUUCUGCGGGGUUUGAAGGAGAGACUGGCUAAGGAGGAGAAACAGAUGCAGCAUGCACAUCACUUUGAGUUCUUGAGGCGGAGUCAUGACAGGUUUGGUUUCUAUGACGGCCUCGUCACUGCCUAUUCCAGUGUAAUGUGGCCUCGCAAAGAAUCUCUGAUGAUGAAUGAUCCCUCUGCGAGAGCCGUUUUGGAUGUUUUUUUCCACCAGCUUCAGUUGGGGAAGCUGGAGGAGGGAGAUGCGCUGGCUAUGAUUGAUCUUCAUGCUUUCGUGAGUGGUGUUGACUGGUUUGCUCACAAGGAGGAUGGAGACUUUAACAAGAUCAUGCCAGACCCUUGGCGCCUCUCAGCGUUGAUGACGAAAGGUACAGAAAUGCAACCUCCUCUACUCGGAAUGGGAUCUAACCUGACUGAUGAUGAAGAAGGACCCGUUCCUCUACGUUAUCCGCCUAGAAAGUUUCUGGCUCAUGAUUAUGAAUUCCUUAGCAAGGGGGUCACACUCAAGGAGUUUGGUAUCAUUAAGCUCACAGCCAUGUUUGCGGUUCGGUACGGGGCGGCUUUCCGUCAGGGUUUGAUGGAGAGAGUGGUUACGAACCCUAUGUUUGACUUCUUGAAGCAAAAUCAUGGUUGCAGCAGGUCCAAGGUUUUCAUUUUUCUUGUUGAUGCCUAUUCCGAAGUAUUGAGGCUUUCCCCAAAACUGUGGAGGAGUGAUUAUCCUCCAUGCACGACGGAGUUGCUUGAGUUUUUUGCCCGCUGUCUCCAGUUGAAGAAGCUGGAGGACGGAGUGGAGACGGCCACGGUUGAUUUGCAUGCGCUUGUGAGUGGUGUUGACUGGCUUGCUCACACUGAUGACGAAUUCUAUUCUUCAGUCAUGGCUCGACCUAAACGCCUCUCAACCAUCAUGAAAUGGCUGGGACCACGGCUCGACGAAGACCUCGAGGCUCAGAAACAAGAACUAGUCAGGGCUCAUGCUGAAGACCUUGUAAAUUUAGCUUCAGAACCCCAUUUUGAUUGGGUUCAUGUAAAAACGAAAGGUAAGUAUAGAUUCCCUGCAAAGGGCUUCACACUCGAGGAGCUUGGUAUUGUUAUGCUCGCCGCGCAGUUUAAUGCGCGGUAUGGGGAUCCUUUCAUGACACGUUUGAGCAGUAGAGUGGUUUUGAACACUCAGUUUGAGUUUUUGGUGUUUGGUGAUCGGAGGUACCAUUUUUUUCGUGGGCUUGUUCAUGCGUAUUGCCUAGUGUUAAAGCCCUUCGAGAAGCUGAGGAAUGGAGAUGCUGAGACCCUUGUCGACGCUUUCCUCAGCCUUGUCCAUGUCCAUGUCCAGGCGGGGGAGGGAAUUAUUUUGGUUGAAGUUGUUGACUGUUUGGUUCACGUGGAUUACGAAGAGUACUCUAUGCUCAUGCCAGCACCUGUACACGUGUUGAUGGACAUGAUCCCACCAAAACUCAGGCUCCCUGGUCUGCGUGUGCUACCUCCAGUGACAUGUCAUGCUUCUUCUGUAGGGAAUCGUAACCCUUAUCCUCUUAGGGAUUCUCCUCCUCUAAGUCCUCAAUUUCUUUCACUUAGAUCUGCUGCUGGGUGGUUACCAGGCAAUCGGUUUUGUAUUGUUAAGGUCACAGCGCAGUUUGAGGCCCGGUAUGGGAUUGGUUUUAGGCAGGCUUUGGCGACGAGAGUGGCCGAGAGACCUCUCAUGUUUAGGUUUUUGGAGCAGACUCAUGGGAGCUUCGUGCUUUAUUGGAAGUUUGUCGAGGAGUAUUCCAGAGUAUUAAUGCCUUCCACAAGCAAAACAAAGCCUGACACAGUGGUUGAGGCUUUUUUCCGUUGUUUGGAACGUAUCCAGCGAGAGCAGGAUGAGGUUUUAUUCCAUUUUUUGGAUUUGCCUAUGAAUAGUGGGUAUGGUGGUGUUGACUGUUUUACUCACAUUGAAGACUUUAUGGAGAAGCAUAACGUGCCUUCACUGAUAUCCACAGUUAAUCCUCGCCUCUCUGAUGAGGAACCAGAGCCAAAGCGACAAAAGUUUGACGAGUCGGGUUCGUCUGCGAUCAGGGUUCUUGUUCCAAACGUCGGUGAAGUCGUUAUCAGAAAGCAGAUGGGGAAUCCAAAUUUCUAG